AUGACCAAGAAAAGAAGGAAUAAUGGUCGUGCCAAAAAGGGCCGCGGCCACCUGCAGUGUAUUCGCUGUACCAGCUGUGCCCGAUGCGUACCCAAGGAUAAGGCCAUUAAGAAGUUUGUCAUUCGGAACAUUGUAGAGGCCGCAGCCAUCAGGGACAUUUCUGAAGCAAGUGUUUUCGAUGCCUAUGUGCUUCCCAAGCUGUAUGUGAAACUGCAUUACUGCAUGAGUUGUGCCAUUCACAGCAAGGUAGUCAGGAAUCGUUCUCGGGAAGCCGGGAAGGACCAAACCCCUCCACCCCGACUUAGACCUGCUGGUGCUGCCCCACGACCUCCACCAAAGCCCAUGUAAGGAGCUAAGUCCUUAAAGACUAAAGAAAUACUGUUCCCUGGAAAGUCAAUAAAGUGGAAAUUAUACUUAAAAA